AUGGUGCUGAAUUCGGUGCACUGGUUCCUCAAGGGUCUUCGCCUGCACGACAACCCAGCCUUACAGCGAGCUCUCUCGGGAGCUGACACUGUCCGAUGCGUUUACAUUUUGGACCCGUGCUUUGCAGGGUCGUCAAACAUCCAGAUCAACUGGUGGAGGUUCCUUAUUCAGUGCUUAGAAGAUCUGGAUACCAGUCUGAAGAAAUUAAAAUCCAGGCUCUUUGUUAUCCGAGGGCAACCCACUGAUGUAUUUCCGAGAUUAUUUAAGGAAUGGAAUGUGACACAACUGACUUUUGAGUAUGAUUCCGAGCCUUUUGGAAAGGAGAGAGAUGCUGCCAUUAUGAAACUGGCAAAAAUCGCUGGGGUAGAAGUCACUGUACAAAUCUCGCAUACCUUGUACGAUGUUGACCAAAUAAUUAAGGCAAAUGGUAAUAAAGCCCCCCUCACGUACAAACGAUUCUGUGCAAUCAUCAGAAAACUGAAGUUACAUAAAGCUCCUGUCAAUACUGUGACACUGGACCAGAUGGAAAAGUGCACACAAAAUAUCCAAGAAAGCCACCAUGAACAGUACGGAAUACCAUCGCUGGAAGAACUUGGAUCUGAUACAAGUGAACUUGAUCGGGCUAUAUGGCAAGGAGGGGAGACUAAAGCUUUGGCAUGGCUCUACAGAUACUUUGAAGAAAAGGCUUUCGCUGCCAGUUAUGAAGAUCCAACUUUGAACACGGAGUCCUUGAUGUCAAGCCCAACAGGAUUGUAUCCAUACCUCUGCUUUGGGUGUUUACCGUGAAGAAAGUUUUAUUAUACGUUGCUGGAGUUUUAU